AUGUUUUGUGCCCGGGUGGCUGUGUUGCUUAGCAGGUUGAUAGCCAGGACUAAGCAGACUGAGCAUGUUCAGCUUGCAGAUUCGGCCAAUAAUUACGAACCAGACUCAUGCUGGCUGGCGCUUGGCGCUUCUGCCUAUGCGAAUCACGCUGGACUCUGGAGUUGGAUCUUUCAGACGGUACGCCUCACCGCCAGGUGUCACCAACAGAAACAGGAGUAUACUGAAUAUCUGAGCACUUCGUCACUAAAAACUUGGGCACCCACAGAAAUAUCGAGGCACAGAGCUUACCGGUCGAUGCCCUCAAGCCAUAGACAACUUUUAAGGGUGCAUCUUAGACAGAACACUACCCCUUUCACCCCAACUUCUCAACGUCAGGCACGUCAAAAUAUCGAAAGUGUAUCAUCGUCAUCUCGCCAAGCGGCAGACGAUUUAAACAAGGGCGGCUGGGGAGAAGCAGAAUAUCUUUGUGAGAACGAAAAGCCACAAGUUUUCACACCUGUGGAGUCUGUGGCGCCCGAACAUGAGAUCCAGACCGAUAACAUACUCGUCGCCAAGAGAAUGCAGUACGAUCACAUCAACCAGAUUAGCACCGCUGGAUAUGUCAUGAUGGAAGAGAACAUUGAUACAGAUUAG